AUGUCACACGACAUUCACAGGAUCAUCGGCCACCGCUUCGAUGGCCGUUAUAUGGCCACCACCAAUCCUUUCAGUCUCCCCACGCGUCCAACUUCUCAAUGGGACGACAAUCGUGAUCGCACCAGCGAGCAGCUGCAUGAGUCUGCCAUGUACCAGCUGGGCCUCGUAAAUGCCCCGAACACUUCCAAUUCUACUUCUGGCUCAUCCAAGACGCGUGCUGUCUACAACUCUGAUCCGUUCGAGGCUAUGCACCAGAAGUGGGAAGAGCGUGGUUGGCUUAUCCAGAAGCACGAGCGUCGCCUCAAGGACAGCAAUGAGCUGCUAUCCAAGAUGUGGCGUCGUCUUGAUCCCUACGGCCGCGUGCUCGAGCUUCUGGACAGCAACAUCACUGUUCGGCGCCACGCUGAACGACACGCUGAGCCUGCAUUCAGCGAGAACGCGUCGAUGCAGGGGCUGUUCUGUCAACUGGCUGCAUAUGACUACCUCUACGCCAUCGACCCAGGCUUUGCUAUGCCACCGCCUGCACCCCAGACCGACCCUGCGGUGAACGAGAAGCGUCUCAACAGUCUGGCUAGUACCGUCAAGAUUCAAAGUGGUCUGCUGCAAGAGAAGAACGACACGAUUGAGAAGCUACGCACUCAGCUCGAGACCCAACGUCGUUCUCAUUUCCAGCAGCUCAGCGCACAUCAGAAGGACAAGGACGAUGCUAUCGAUCGUCUGGAGAAGCAAUUGCAGAAGGCCAACACCAAAUAUUCACGCCUCAAGAAUACCCCCCAGCCACCGCCAUUGCCAAAGCCUACCGUGGUGCCUCGUGCCCCACGCCCGAAGGCUAUCACAGCUCAGGCCCCUGUCAUGAAGGUAUGCUCAAGCAUCUUGUAA